GGCGGAAGCCGAAGUUGGGGGCGGGGAGAGAGGAGGAGGUACGUGAUGGAAGUAGUUAGGUGCCCGGAGCACGGGACUUUCUGCUUUCUGAAGACUGGCCUCCGCGAUGGCCCGAAUAAAGGAAAGAGCUUCUACGUGUGCCGGGCGGACACGUGCGGCUUCGUGCGGGCCACCGACACUCCGGUUUCUCAUUGUUUAUUGCAUGAAGGCUGCGUGGUAGAGCUUCAGGGUUUGCUUCUGCCACAGGGCAAGAAAGAGCACAGAUUGUUCUUCCGAUGCAUCAGAAGUAAGGCAGAAGGGAAACACUGGUGUGGAAGCGUUCCCUGGCAGGAUCCUGAUUCCAGAGAACAUUCUGUGACCAGUAAGCCUCAGCAUGCAUCAGAGCCCUUUCCUCACCCUUCCAGCCAGCUGAGAAACCCAUUCAAGGUACUGGACAAGAACCAAGAACCAGCUUUCUGGAAACAGCUCACCAGAGGAGAAGGUGAGGGACGGAUGGCUGACAAGAAGCAAAGGGAAAGUGGCGAUCAGCUCUUUAGCCAAAAGAAGGAACAGAAUCCGGGAUCUAACUCCCGGCUAGGGAAAGAGCUCUCUUCCGGCCUGGCGAUCAAGAAAAAACAAUCUGUAGUGGCAGAGAAGAAGCAAGAGGAGAGAGCCGAGUUUCAGCGUGAAGGCAGGGAGGCUGACAACACACACAAAGGGAACUUCCCUGACGUGAAGUCCCGACACUGCCACGGCAGUCAGCUGAAGUCGUCUGCCUCUGCGCGGGAGAAAUCAAAUGGGAAGAGUCAAGAUGCCCUCAGACAGCCGGAGCCUCUGGGAGGAAAGAAAACCCAGCUUUUGCCUCAAAGUGUUCAUAGUCAGGACCCAGUAGGCAAGCCCCAGAAGGGGGGGCACCUCAGCAAGGAGCAGCUCAAGAACAGGGAGGCUAAAGGCACGAAGGUGGGGACUGACACUGGCUCGCAGACCAUCCCGCCACAGGGCCAUCCUGGGACACAGCCGGAGCCUCGGGGUGUCCCUGCCUGCGAAGCAGCAGCGGCAGAGGCUGCACCAGCAGCUCCAGAGCUCUACCUGGGUGAGAGGCGGGACGCUGCCACCAGCAGUAGUGACAGUGAGGACGAUGAUGUUGUUCUUGUUUCCUCCACGCCGGGGAGCCCCCUACUCUUUGACUCCCCUGUGGACUCACAGAAGAAGAAGAAGAACCUUCCCCUCCCUGAGCAGAGUGUGCAGAAAAAAAUACCUCCUGUCUCGGGUGUUUCCAGGAAGGCCGAGCCCUCAGACCCAGCAGCCCAGCGUGCAUACCUCACCACACAGCUGAAACAGAAGAAGAGCACACUGGCAUCGGUGAACAUCCAGGCUCUUCCAGACAAGGGCCAGAAGCUUCUGGAGCAGAUCCAGGGGUUGGAGGAAGCACUGAGCGCUCUCGCCCUCUCCCCGGAGCCAGAAAUUGAUCAGAAGAGUAACAGUGAAGCACCACAACGGAGUAGCUUCACCAAAACUGCCACUGAGCCUCCCCACCUGGUGCCUGCUCAACCCCUUCUGGGUCAUGGGGCCCCACCUGCAGGUUCUCUGGGACUGAUGGCCGCCUGCCAGGUGACUGCCAGAGGAUCCGGUCACUGCCGUGGAGAUUAUACAAGCCAAGAUCGCCUUCAUGCAGUGUGGAAAGUCACAGUUAAAGCCAUCGAUGAGCUGCACCGGUCACUUGAGUCCUGUCCUGCUGAGACAGCUGUGGCAGAAGACCCGGCUGGGUUGAAGGUCCCCUUGCUGCUGCACCAGAAGCAGGCAUUAGCGUGGUUACUGUGGCGGGAGAGUCAGAAGCCACGAGGAGGAAUUCUGGCGGAUGAUAUGGGCUUAGGAAAAACCCUGACAAUGAUCGCACUCAUCCUGACCCAGAAGAGUCAAGAGCAAGACCAAAAAAAGGAUGCAAACACGGCUUUGACAUGGCUUUCCAAGGAUGACUCCUCUGACUUCACUUCCCGUGGAACACUAAUCAUCUGUCCGGCUUCCCUGAUCCACCACUGGAAAAAUGAGGUUGAGAAACGUGUGAACAGCAACAAACUAAGAGUCUGUCUGUAUCACGGGCCGAACCGGGAUCACCGUGCGAAAGUCCUCUCUACGUACGACAUUGUGGUCACUACCUAUAGCCUUGUGGCCAAAGAGAUUCCCACAAAGAACAAAGAAGGAGAGCUCCCAGGUGCAAACCUCAGUGUGAAGGGUGUCACAACACCUUUGCUUCGAAUAGUCUGGGCUCGAAUCAUACUGGAUGAAGCUCACAGCGUUAAGAACCCCCGAGUGCAGACGUCCCUGGCAGUGUGCAAGCUACGAGCCCAGGCCCGUUGGGCUGUCACCGGAACCCCCAUUCAAAACAACCUGUUGGAUAUGUACUCGCUGCUGAAAUUUCUUCGUUGUUCUCCAUUUGAUGAGUUCGAUCUGUGGAGGAGCCAGGUUGACAAUGGUUCAAAGAAAGGUGGAGAACGGUUAAGUAUUUUGACCAAGAGCCUUUUGCUGAGGAGAACAAAAGACCAGCUGGACUCUACUGGCAAACCUUUGGUGAUGCUGCCCCAACGUAAAUUUCAGUUACACCAUUUAAAGCUUUCUGAAGAUGAAGAGACUGUUUACAAUGUCUUUUUUGCAAGGUCAAGGUCAGCUCUGCAAUCCUAUCUAAAAAGACAUGAAAGUAAUGGCAGCCAAUCUGGAAGGAGCCCUGAUAAUCCAUUCAGUAGAGUGGCACAGGAGUUUGAGGGCACGGGCCCUGGACCUGCAGCCGCAGACGUGCAGAGGUCCAGCACCGCCCACAUCCUGUCCCAGCUGCUAAGACUCCGCCAGUGUUGCUGUCAUCUUUCCUUACUGAAGUCGGCCCUGGAUCCAGCAGAACUGCGGGGAGAGGGCCUUGUGCUGUCCCUGGAGGAGCAGCUCAGUGCCUUGACCUUGUCGGAACUCCAUGACUCCGAGCCUUCUUCCACCGUCUUCCUUAAUGGCACACGCUUCAAGGUGGAGCUUUUUGAAGACACAAAGGAGAGCACCAAGAUAACAUCUCUGUUGGCAGAAUUGAAGGCAAUCCAAAGAAAUUUAGGAUCCCAAAAGAGCGUCAUUGUCUCUCAGUGGACCAGCAUGCUGAAAGUUGCAGCGUUGCACCUGAGGAGGCAGGGACUGACCUAUGCCACCAUCGAUGGCUCCGUCAACCCCAAACAGAGAAUGGACUUGGUAGAGGCAUUUAACCAUUCCACGAGCCCUCAGGUUAUGCUAAUCUCUCUCUUGGCUGGAGGUGUUGGUCUAAACCUGACUGGAGGGAACCAUCUUUUCCUUCUGGACAUGCACUGGAAUCCAUCACUUGAAGAUCAAGCUUGUGACCGAAUUUACCGAGUAGGACAGCAGAAAGAUGUUGUUAUACACAAAUUUGUCUGCGAGGGGACAGUGGAAGAGAAGAUCUUGCAUCUCCAAGAGAAGAAGAAAUGUUUGGCCCAACAGGUUCUGUCAGGGUCUGGAGAGUCCGUCUCCAAGCUCACGCUGGCCGACCUCAAAGUUCUGUUUGGCAUCUGACCUGUGUGUGAGGGCCCAGGGCGGUCCCACUGCUGCUCUGUGUUCAGGUCUCAGAAUAGUGAUCGACCACAGGGCUCUGUCUUGUGUCACUUCACCAUCAGUCCUUCCCUGUCCUUGGAACGAGGCGUCAUCUCAUCCCCGACCGUUCAGGGUCAUGUUAACCACCUGUUAGCUUGCUUAAUGAGGGAUGUCGGAACCAAGGAUUUCAGAUGAAAGAAAAUGCUUUACAGUUAAAUGAUUUUGGAAAACAACUCAGGCAGAAUUGGACAAAGCGUCAGUAAAGUUCCAAAGGUUCUGCGUUGCCAUUUUCUCCUGGGUUAAUAGGUGAACCAGUGUUAUACCCAGUUCCAUCCAUCCCAUCUCCUCAUCCCUUCUUGCCAAAGGGACUGCUCCCAUAACCGUCCCUCAGGGGCAGAGCAGAGAGUAGAUCCCUGCAGCUGUCGGCCCAGGCAGGUCUUCCUCCAUAGCUUAAGGUCAAGGACAUGCUUUGUGCGUCAGAAGAUACUUAGUAUCCGUGUCUGUCCCUGACGUUGUAUGGUGUGGUGUGGGUGCAUCAUUUAAUAUCUGCGCCUGUUGCUACCGGUGUGCCCGUGACAUGUAGUAUUGGUUAUGACUAUAUCAUUAGUAUAUGUGUUGUUUGGUUUCAUUGUAUCAUUUAGU